ACAUCGCCCUCUGCCCUCUAAUGGAGAAGCGGCUCCGCACUUCUCUACAAUCCUCAGCCCAAGACUUCGUCUCCUCCGCCACUAAACUGUCUCUCAAAUCCGUAAAACCUACUAUCAAAACCCUAAUCCACUCCAUUCAUCCUAAUUCAGAUCUCUCUUCCUCUCUCCCCCUCUCUCUUCAUCACUCCAUUUCUCAGUUUAUCCAAUCCUUCCGGAACUUUCGUCGAAACCCAAGCCCCCCAAAUCCUAACCCUCCCAAGUCCCCUCGCUCCCCUCCCACCAAGCGCCUCCGGAGAUCUUCGCGCCAUUCCAAGACCCGGGUCGAGUCCCGUUCGCAUGGCCAUGGAUCCGAUUUCUGGAAUGAGAUGCAGAAGCUUCUCCAAGGCCUCGAAAUUCUCGCUCAUAUUGCGGUUUUAUGCAUCUCGCACCCGAAAAAGGCGUUCUUGGCUUCCGAUUUGUUUCCGGUCGCUUGCGCAUUGCAUGAUAACUUGAUACUUUUCGAAUCCGAGGAGGGCUCGGUUCUUCUAUCGGAAAUUGCGAGUUUGUGCGAGCUGUGGUGGAAGGAGAAUUUUCCGGGACGAGAGGCUUUGAUUUCUCAAUCUCUUCCUUUCUUGCUGUCCAAGUCACUGACUUUGAAGAGGAAAGUGGACGUGCAUAGAGUGUAUGCACUCCGGGAGGCAUUUACCUUGUUCGAUUUCGAGGACGGGAGCAUCGAAGACCUGAAGCUCCUGUUGGUCCGGUGUGUGAUAGCGCCGUUGUAUUUGAAAACUGAUGAUGGGCGGCGCUUCGUGGCGUUUACGUUCGGGCUGAGCAAUCAGCUAUUGAAGGAAGUGCUGGCGAUGAUUCGGUCUCAGAUCCCAUUUGGGCGGAAAUCUAUGUUGGAGGCAUACGGGGAAAUAUUGUUUCGGGCUUGGAAGGCCGCAGAACCCGAUCUCAAGGAUGAGAUUGAGAAUGGAUUUUUGCAGGGUUUAAUUGAGGGAGCUAUACAUGGGAGUUCAGGAGAGCUUACAGCCUCUAUUAGGAGGGUUUUGGGUGGCUUUAUCAGCCAGCGGACCACGGAGGGGGUUGAGAAACUUCUUUUCCGGCUCGCUGAGCCCGUGAUAUUUCGAUCUUUACAAGUCGCAAAUUCUAAUGUUCGGCAAAAUGCAUUGCAUUUGCUUCUAGACAUGUUUCCUCUUGAAGAUCCUGAUUCCACGAAAGAGGUGAAAGAUACAUUACUUUACAAACAAUUCUUUUUGUUGGAGAGAUUACUGAUGGAUGAUUGUCCAGAUGUAAGAGUAGUUGCAGUGGAAGGUUCUUGCCGCAUCCUUCACUUAUAUUGGGAAAUUAUCCCUUCAGCAUCCAUUACGAAGAUAAUUACCAAGAUUUUUGAUGACACGUCACAUGAUAUAUGCAAUGAAGUUAGGCUUUCCACAUUGAAUGGUAUCAUAUACUUGCUCGACAAUCCCCAAUCUCAUGAAAUUCUUAGAGUGCUGCUACCAAGAUUGGGGCAUCUGAUGCUGGAUAAUGUCAUUUCGGUACGAGUUUCUGUAGCAGAUCUCCUCCUCCUUUUAAGGGACAUGCGAAAUUUCCAGUUUAAUAAGGUGGUAAGCUUGGAUGUCUUAUUAUCUACACUAGUGAAUGAUCAACCUCCUGUUGCUCAGAAAAUCACAAAACUACUUAUGCCAUCAUACUUCCCCUCAAAAGUACCUGUUGGCGAAGCAUGCACUCGCUGUGUUACACUAAUUAAGAGGUCUCCUAUGGCUGGAGCAAGGUUUUGUGAAUAUUUUGUAUCAGUAGGGGCAUCCCUCAAGUCUCUGAUGGAACUCAUUAGAGUGUUCAUUAGUUUGGUUUUGUCACCUGACAAGCUAAAUGCUGAUCAGAUUGAGGGUUUACUUGUUGCUGCUGUCUACCUUUGCAACAGCCUAGCAACAGAGCCAUGUUACAAAAAUGCCCUUAAGGAGCUACUUGCUGGUGAAAAAGUGAAGUUCUUGUUUGCUGCUGCAUCUACUGCACGUGCUCAAUCUUCUGUACUCAACAUUGUUUCCACCAUUUCUCCAAAUGAUGCUGUUGGGCUUUUCGAGGAAUGUACGGACCUUGUUACUAAUUGUAGUGGUAUAUCAGACAAUGUGGAAAGGCAAGCUGAAGUGAGGUCUGCCCACAGAUUGUUCCUUUCUUGUGAUGGAUUUGAUGACAUGUUUGAUGCUCUAACACUAUGCUUGCAGAAAGCUGCCUAUCGUUGCCAUAUAAAAUUUGGAACUGAAGCACCAAAGAACUGUGUUUCCUCUGCAAAAAGGAAGAAAUCUAAGUGCUUUGGCAAAAUUUCAGCCAAAUGGAAAAAUGUCAAUGGAAAACAACAGUUGAAUUUUGAGGAGGAUUAUUCUAUUGCCGUAGGAAUAGCCUGGCAAAUCAGGGACUUGCUAAUAUCUGAGGACUCUCGGAAGGCUAUAUUGGGGGCUCAAAUGCUUGAAACGUUAUUUUUUGCUUUAAAAAUCAUCUCUGAAGUCAGCAUUGUGCAGUGCAUGCUUUGUGAAUACAUGGACGCAUCUCCCAUUUUGGCAUAUACAGCCCUUGCACUACAUAUGACUCUUCAAAAUGUUAACAUACAUAGUACAAAACUUCGAGGUACUAAGAAGAACAAUAGCACCGAUUCCUUGAGAUCAUUUCAGGAGCCAACUGUGUUAGAACAUGCAGUGGAUCACGUGCUUAACUGUGUAGAGAAGCUACUUGGAGCACUUGACUCUGGAAAGCACGGCAAAACUCCCUUAGAAUUUGAGCAGGCUACCGAUAAGGCAGCCAGUCGUGGACUGCAACACAGAGAACCUCAAACAGAUGGCUCCAGUCCAAGUGCUAGCGAAUCUGUUAAAACCGAACAAAAAAGACUAUCAAUUACAGUGAAGAUGCUCACUGCAAUUCUCAAGUUCAUGGUUGACAUCACUUCUAUGGGUCUUCUUUGUCACUAUUAUGUACAGUUCUUAAAGUUCACGUCAAGAUAUGUACAAUACAUCAUAUCCACUUUAAGGCGACAGUCUCAUGACCAACUUCAGUUCAAAGAGGAGGAUUUGAAAAAUAUAAUUCUGUGUCUGAAGAGCUCCUUCACCUAUGCGGCCAAGCUAGUUAAUCUAGUCCACAGAGAUAUCAGCAAAACUUCGCCACUUCCUCCAGAAGCUUUUGAACUUGCUAAUGAUUUGCUUGAUUUAAUCUCCUCCAUUGAACUAUACCAGGGCUCUGGUAAUGCAGCACGUAUUGUUGCAGCUGCGAAGCCUUGGCUGCCUGAUUUGAUCCUGGCAUUAGGAUCAGGGGACAUACUGAAAAAGACUCGAGGAGAAGGGACACAUUUUCAUGCAUCCGAUCGCAUUAAACUUCGUUUUCCAUCCUGGCCCUUGAUUUUAGCAAAGAUUGAGCUCAGUGAACUAAAUGAAGUUAGCCCAGAAAAGGACGACGACCAAGUUCCGGAUACUGAUGAGUUCCCAGUGUCCAAGAAACUUCUGGGAAUGUUUGUUACUUUGUUAAAAGGAAAUCCUAACAUACUGGAUUCAGUUGGGGUGAUAUUGCUAACAGGCUCAUUAGUUGGGCUCGAGAGGAAGGACUUCGGAUUAGUAUUGGGACUUUUACACUUUGUAUGUACGAAGUUGUUUAGGCCGGAUGAUAGAGAGUGGGGUGAUAUUAUGUUGGCCUCUCUUCAAGACAUAUACCCUCAAAUAGAGAGAGAAAUAGAACAACAAAAUGAUGAAGAUGGAAGGCAGAAAUUACGUAGUUCAAAGGAGUUGCUUGAACCUGUUUGGAUGUACAACAUGUAUGAAACAGGGAAGGUUUCUAUGAUGGAAGAAUAGACAGUUUUUUAGUACUUUUCUUUUUCUGUUGCAAAUUUGAACCAUCGAGGAUAAUAUAAGCACUGUUGUAAAAAAAGAAAAAGAAAAAAGAAAAAUAACAAUGCAGGAUUUUGUACUUGUAGUUGGUGAAUGUGAA